AGACAUUGUCACUGUACUUGUUUCUUGCUGUUGGCUUUGCGAUUGUUUGUGCGAAUAAUUCACCAAUAUGUUGGGAUCACCCGAAUCCGUUAAAACCAUCUGAAAGAAAACGAGCGCCAUGUUUUUUAACGUCAGAUACGACAUAUUCAAACAAUUUACCAUACACAAAACGUGACGAAACCAACAUGUUUGUGGUUUCUUUUAAAUGCCUGAUGAAUAAUCAGACUCUUUGUGAUAAAGUAAAAAACGCGUUUACUACUGCGGCACAAAUCAUUACUGCCGCGAUCGCGUUUACCACUCCUGUAACCGUCAAUGCUACCUUCACAGAUUUUUGUUCACUUUUGAAUCAAUGUACUACAACUUCAGGAACUCUAACGUUAGGAGGUGCUGCACCUGCAAGAACUAUUCAAGUUUUAGACGAUGAUGGUGUACAACGAUUAUAUCCCCAGUCCCUUAUGAAACAGAAAAAUGUUACUGGUGUUAAUCGUUCCUUUUUCUCUGAUUAUGACAUUUUAGCCCUUUUCAACAGUCAAGCUGAUUAUUGGUUUGAAGGUGAUGGUAGAAUAAAACCGAGUCAAUCAGAUUUCUUAUUUGUUAUAUUACAUGAGCUGGUUCAUGGAUUAGGUUUUACUUCUGGUUAUGAUGAUUUUAUUAAUAUGCCACCGCAAGCAUUGACACCACAAAUCACGUUCGCUCAAAGUGCCGGUGGUAUGAUAUUCGCUGGUUUUGUGGAAAUGGUAUUUGAUAAAUGUAUGGUUAUCCUUCCAUCUGGUCAACGUGUAUCAAAUAUUACACAACAACUAAAUACCUUUAAAGGAACAUUUAUUAAUGGUCAAGAUUUUAUAACCAAAUUUAAAGCUUCACCCCAAUACCAAUUGGCUCUUAAAAUGAUGGCUGAAGCCACCACGCCUCAUUCUUUAGGACUUUUACCCCCUAAUUCCACUGAUGUUAAAGAUGCUAUAAUUCUUGAGACAACAAUAGUUCCUUAUAGAUCUGGUUCAAGUGUUAGUCAUAUGGAUUAUAAAACUUAUACUAAAACUAGUGACUUUUUAAUGAGAUACUUGCAAGAACGUGGUAUAACAUUACGUCAAUCAGUGGCUUUGGGUGGGAAUUAUCCUAAUGGUCCUAUAGGUCCAAAAUUAAGACAAUUUUUUCAAUCAAUAGGAUAUAUUAUUCAAUAUAAAUCUGGUCCAUUUGAUCCUGUUCCUGGUGUAGAUCCAUUCGAUAGUGCUGGCAGGCCGAACAUUGAAAUUUCCACAUCUUUUUUAAGAUACAUAUUAUUCUUGUUAAUAGGUUUAGCUAUAACUUUAUGGUGA